CUUGCGCCUUUGCUUUAGUCAUGUGAUUUAGCUCAUGACAGGAAGAGCUUCGACAACAGACAUCACUUUGUAGUUUAGUAGAUGUUUCUUUCGUAAAACAACCAUAAUUUGGAUAUUUUGGACCUUUGAUAUGCAUCUUCCAGGCUUGAAUUGAGACAUCACUAUUCUUUACAGAUACAGGGAACAACUAUGGCGGAAGUGGAGGAGCAGGACAGAAAACCAAGUGAAGAAUUUACAGAUGAAUCUGAGGAGGAGGACAGUGAGGAGGAGCCAAAGCUGAAGUAUGAGCGGCUCUCCAAUGGUGUGACAGAAAUUCUCCAGAAGGAUGCAGCCAGCUGUAUGACCGUCCAUGACAAGUUUCUUGCUCUAGGUACACAUUUUGGAAAGGUGUUCCUGCUGGAUAUCCAAGGAAAUGUUACUCAGAAGUUUGAAAUUAGUUCAGUGAAGAUCAACCAGAUCAGUCUGGAUGAAAGUGGAGAGCAUGUGGGCAUCUGCUCCGAGGAUGGGAAGGUUCAAGUGUUCGGACUCUAUACAAGAGAGGGCUUCCAUGAGAACUUUGACUGUCCCAUCAAAGUGGUGGCUUUGCACCCUCAGUUCACCAGAUCAAACUACAAACAGUUUGUCACAGGGGGCAACAAGUUGCUUCUCUAUGAAAGGAACUGGUUAAACCGUUGGAAGAUGUCUGUUCUGCAUGAAGGCGAGGGCUCAAUCACAAACAUCCAGUGGAGAGCAAACCUCAUCGCCUGGGCCAACAAUGUGGGAGUGAAAAUCUAUGACAUCAGCACAAAACAGCGAAUCACAAACGUGCUGCGCGAUAAUGUGAGUCUGCGGCCUGACAUGUACCCGUGCAGCCUGUGUUGGAAAGACAACACCACCCUCAUUGUCGGCUGGGGUACCUCCAUCAAGAUGUGUGUUGUGAAAGAGCGAAACCCCACUGAAAUGAGAGAUCUGCCGAGCCGCUACGUGGAGAUUGUGUCUGCAUUUGAGACUGAGUUUUUCAUCAGUGGUCUGGCCCCUCUGGCUGAUCAGCUCGUCACCCUCUACUUUGUGAAGGAGAACUCUGAUCACAUGGAUGAGGAGUUUCGUGCCCGGCCUCGCCUCGACAUCAUCCAACCUCUCCCUGAGGGCUGCGAGGAGAUCUCCUCAGACGCACUGACGGUGCGCAACUUCCAAGACAAUGAGUGCAGAGACUACCGCCUCGAGCAUUCUGAGGGAGAGUCGCUCUUCUACAUCAUCAGUCCCAAAGACAUCGUUGUGGCCAAAGAGCGAGACCAAGACGACCACAUCGAUUGGCUGCUUGAAAAGAAGAAAUAUGAGGAGGCGCUCAUGGCUGCAGAGAUCAGCUUCAAAAACAUCAAGAGACAUGAUGUCCAGAAGAUCGGGAUGGCUUACAUCAACCACUUAGUGGAGAAAGGCGACUAUGACAGUGCAGCCAGGAAGUGUCAAAAGGUCCUUGGAAAAAACAUGGAACUCUGGGAAAAUGAAGUUUACAGAUUCAAAACCAUCGGACAGUUGAAGGCCAUCAGUCAGUAUUUGCCCAGAGGAGAUCUGCGUCUCAGACCGGCUAUCUAUGAAAUGAUCCUGCACGAGUUUCUCAAAACUGACUAUGAGGGUUUUGCCACACUGAUCCGGGAAUGGCCUGGAGAGCUUUACAACAACAUGGCAAUCGUUCAGGCGGUCACUGAUCACCUGAAGAGGGACCCAACCAACAGAACGCUGCUCACCACACUGGCUGAGCUGUACACGUACGACCAGCGGUACGACAGAGCUUUAGAGAUCUACCUGAGACUGAGGCACAAAGAUGUCUAUCAGCUGAUCCACAAACACAACCUGUUCUCCUCCAUAGAAGACAAGAUUGUGCUGCUCAUGGACUUUGACAAAGAGAAAGCUGUGGACAUGCUUCUGGACAAUGAGGACAAGAUAUCAACGGACAGAGUGGUGGAAGAGCUGGCAAACAGACCAGAGCUUCUGCAUGUGUACCUCCAUAAACUUUUCAAGCGGGACCACCACAAAGGCCAGAAAUACCACGAGAGACAGAUCAGCCUGUAUGCCGAAUACGACCGUCCAAAUCUGUUGCCUUUCCUGAGAGACAGCACGCACUGUCCACUCGAAAAGGCUCUGGAGGUUUGUCAGCAGAGAAACUUUGUAGAAGAGACCGUCUUCCUGCUCAGCAGGAUGGGGAACUGCAGACGGGCGCUGCAGAUGAUCAUGGAGGAGCUGGAGGACGUGGACAAAGCCAUUGAGUUUGCCAAAGAGCAGGAUGAUGCAGAGCUGUGGGAGGACCUCAUAUCUUACUCUAUUGACAAACCACCUUUUAUCACCGGCCUCCUUAAUAACAUUGGUACUCACGUGGAUCCCAUCCUGCUCAUCCAUCGCAUCAAGGAGGGCAUGGAAAUCCCAAACCUCAGAGAUUCACUCGUAAAAAUCCUCCAGGACUACAAUCUGCAGAUCCUUCUGAGGGAAGGCUGUAAGAAGAUCCUGGUGGCAGACUCCCUCUCCCUGCUCCAAAAGAUGCAUCGCACACAAAUGAGGGGAGUCCGAGUCGAUGAGGAGAACAUCUGCGAAUCAUGUCAUGCUACUAUAUUACCGUCAGACAUGGCCAAAGCCUUUAAUGUGGUAGUUUUCAACUGCAGACACAUGUUUCAUAAGGAAUGUUUACCGUCUGCAGGAACAAUUCCUGGAGUGCAGUUUUGUAACAUCUGCAGUGCAAAGAGGCGUGGACCAGGAAGUGGGAUCCUGGAGAUGAAAAAGUAACAUCCAUUUAUGCACCAACAGUUUCAUUAUUGAUGAUUGUAUCGCUGCCCCCCUGUUUAUUUCCCCUUACUGACAGUUGUUAGUGCAUGGAUCAAUACAUAUAACUUUCCUCGGUCACUGAACUGUACACUGGUUAAAAAAAAAAAAGUGUAAUAUUUAUAUUGAAUUGUCUCUGUAUAUUUGCAUUUAACAACUGGAAAGCACUUCACUUGUUCUGCUUGUGGUAAUGUGGUUUGUCUGCAACAUCUGAUAAAUAAAAACAAAAUAAAACUGA